CACACAAACAUACAACCACCAAAGAAAAAGAAACGCUGACAAAAUGGCUGGAGGACGAAGCUAGCUGCUGGGCUAAUGUAAACAUCCACCGACAGGAGCCAGGAGCCGGAGCGACGACAACGCUGCUCGUUACCGCUGCGAAUGUAGAAGUCCAUCCUCCUAUUUACUGCAAAGAUGACGAGCCAGCGGCGCAGGAUCCACCUGGACCAAUCAGACCUGCUCUGCAAGAAGGGAUGUGGUUUUUACGGCAACAACGCUUGGCAGGGCCUGUGCUCAACGUGCUGGCGAGAGGAAAACCAGCAAGAAAAGCAAAAGCAGAUAAAAGAAGACUGGGCACUUGCUGAGAAGCUUCAGAGAGAGGAAGAGAAGGCAUAUGCGAGCAAACAACCAAAGGCAGAGUCGCAGCCUGCCAUCACACCAUUCAGCAAGUUUGAAGAAAGAAAAACGAAGGAAAAGUCCAGCAAAGUUAACACAGUCACAAAGUUUUUUAUUCCUUCAACCAAAUCAUCAGCAAAAAAGGAUGCUGCUCCUUUCGACUCACAGUCCAGCCCCAGUCCGAGCACCUCCUCAAGCCGACGCUCCUCUCUGGACAGUGACCUCUCAAUGCGAGAGCUCAUUGAUUUUCUCAAGCCCAUGAAGUCUGGCAGGGAGAUCUUCAAACAGUGCCGGGCCUUCACUGAGAGCAUGGUCUAUAAGCGGAACAUGGGUGCUGAUGAGCUGUCAGAGUGUGUGCAAGACUUCUACCAGAACCUCUCCGAUCGCCUCCAGACUCAGUUCAAAGGCUCGUCAGACCAGGUACAGAGUGUUAUGGAUGAAGUAGAGAAGUACGUGAUGACUCGUCUCUACAAGGAAGUGUUCUGUCCUGAAACCACAGAUGAUGAGAAAAAGGAUCUGGCCAUUCAGAAGAGAAUCAGGGACUUGCACUGGGUCACCAUUGAGAUGCUGUGCUCUCCGGUGGAUGAGGAGAUCCCUGUGGUUUCUGACAAUGUAGUCAAAGCCAUCACAGAUUUGAUCGAAAUUGACUCGAAGCGCGUGCCCAACGACAAACUGCGCUGCAUGACCAGCUGCAGCAAGCACAUCUUCAACGCCAUCAAAGCCAGCACGAACGAGGCUGCGUCUGCGGACGACUUCCUCCCGACGCUCAUCUACAUCGUGCUAAAAGCAAACCCUCCACGACUGCAGUCCAACAUCCAGUACAUCAACCGCUUCUGCAACCCCAGGAAGCUCAUGUCCGGAGAGGAUGGUUACUACUACACUAAUCUGUGCUGUGCGGUGGCCUUCAUUGAGAAGCUGGACGGUCAAUCUCUGAACCUGAGCUCUGAGCAGUUUGAUCUCUACAUGUCGGGCCAGGCGUCCCCCCACUGGCCAAAUACCAACGGAGCUUCCUCCUCCUCGCCCCCACCAGGCAGCGCAGCUCUCAGUCAGGUCCAUAAACGACUAGACCUGCUAACAGGGCUCGGGGAAAGGCAGGAGCGCGUCAUGGAAAAGGCUCGCCAACUGAAGAGCGACCUGAUCGACUGGACAGAUGACGUGGAGCAGAAGGUGCAGUGCGCUCUGGAGAACUUCUCACCAGAGACGGAAACGCUCUGCGCAGCCCCAGCGAGCGGCUCUGCAGCACAGUCAGCAAUUGACUCUGAUAACAUUGAGAACGAGCUCCUGCCUCCGCCAUUGCAGCCGCAAGUGGUUGACAUGUAGAUCUCUGCUCUAAAAAAGCUUUACUCCACCCCCCACCCCCCACUCCACCCCACUCCUCACUAUUCAAUGUUUGUGCGCAUCAACCUUUUCCACUCCAGCCACCUUCAUUCCAUCCAUCCAUUUUCCUCUUUCAUAGGAGAUCUGCACGGAGCAUAUGCACCCCCCCCCCUACAUUUGUGUAAAUGGGAUAAAUGGUUUGGAUGUGAGUUUGAAACUGGUCUCUGUGAUUAUACACAACUUCCCAAAUAAGGGUUUGUAUGUCAUUGAUGUUGUGAUGUUUCCUUGUGUAAAACUGAUUCUUCAUGCCCUUACACUCCACACCUACUAUUAUAACAGUGAAAUUGUGUUUUUGGUAAAGGAAAUGGAGAAAUCGAAAUGAUUCAUAGCAUAAAUCCCCCUCACUAAAAAAACCCCUUCAGCUCACGCUCAUGCUUUAUGAUUCACCGUUUCCCUGAACUGUUGGGAAAUCAGUUUUUAGAAAAAGCAUGGAUAUUUUCCAUUAAUGAUGACAAAUCUGAAAUUCCUUCUGCUGUGUGUGUGUUUGUGUGUGUGUGUGGGUGGUUGUGCGCCUGUGUGGAUGCGUGCGGAUAUUGUCCUGUUUUCAUGCCAGACCUCUCCUUCCAGACAUAAGCUGGAUGUACAGUGAUUUUAUUUUUCUAUAGACUGGCAGGUAUCAACUCUUCUGGAUGCAAUAGGAGACACAAAUCCUGUAAUAUUUACAGUAGUGUUAUUGUUAAAGAAACUACUUGUUACGUGAUGUUACAUGACUCCCAAUGGUUGAAUUGUAAAAAGCUCCAUCUCUUAUUAAUCCUCUCAAGCGUCUCCCAUUAACAAUACUUCAAGUAAUCAGCUUUUAGAUGAGAUAUCCAAAUCGGAAAUACUUUUUAUACAUCCCUGGGGAAGUUGGGUUACGUUUAUUGAAGUUUAGUGUUUGGUUAAUAAGAAGUGCUGUCCCCCCCCCCAAGCCCAAAACGUACAAAUCAGCCCAAACUGUUCUUGAUAGUGCAGAAAUAUCAACCAGUUCAGUUUAUUUUAAAGCACUUAAGAAAGACAUGAAAGGAAGUAAUUGCUAUAUGCAUUUGAAAGUAUAAUUGUUGAAAACAGUGUUAUACGCUGUUUCCAAAUGUUUUUCAGUUGUGUGACCGUCCUGAGAAGAUUAUGAAAGGCACAUAUUUUUCCUUUUUUUGACUAGGUUUUGCUUUUAUUGCUACAUAUGAAUCUUUUUAGUUCUUCUGCAACAGAAUGUUAAGUGUGGAGUCAUUUUCUGUUUUUAAUUAGAACAACUAAAGCGUUUAAUGCAAACAACAACUUGAAUAUUGCACUGUAAGCAGAAGCCAUUUUCUCAGUCAGAAACAUCUUUGUAACCUUAUAGGUUUAUGAUUGUACCAUGGGAGGAAGUAACUAAAUACUGUCUUUUAUUUAAACAUAACUUAUUGGGGCAGUAUUAGUCUUAUUUUAAUCUAUGGGUUUGUGAUGAUAAAUAAAAAUGUUAAAUGCAA